AUGUGGCUGUUUGGAUUUUCAUUGGUCGUCAUCGUGUGCGCCGCCAAGUGUACGGAGGCGGAUAUUUCGGUGGAAGCCGCUUUCCAAGGACGUUGUGGCCACGGGAGUCCUUGUGAGCAAUUGUGCUACGAGCUGCACGAUGGCAUGUACGAGUGCGACUGCUCGGAGGGAUUCGAGCUGAACAAAAAUGGCUAUAGUUGCCAAGAAAUCAACUCUACCUCCACCGAUGAGAACGCAUCGAACGGCGAGGAAGAUGUCCUUUAUCAACGCGGCGCUUCGUUUAGCGCCAAACUCGACAUAUCCGACCUGCACAUAUCGAUGAAAUCGUUCGACGAUGACGAUGACGAUGACGAUGAUGACAAGCUCGACGGUAGCCGGAAAGGAUCGCCGCCCAAACCGGGACAUCCGUCCGUGAAUAGCAUCGGUGCCGGUGAUGAAUUGGCGCGAAGAAAGGCGAACCAUAAUUGGAAACUCGCACCGGCACCGAAACAACCGGCCACCGGGCCGCGUAAGUCCAACCGCAAGGAAAAAUCCAUCCAAAGUGACGCACCGGCGGUCGGUGAUGGAAAGCGUCACGAUCAGCAACAACAGCAACAGCAGCAUCGUCAGCAGAAACCCGCAGCUUCCGGUGCAGGUGACCGGCGAAAGCUGAACGCAACAUCCGCCAUCCACCACGGCAUAUUGCCACCGGCGAGUGAUAUGGAAAUCAGUGGCAUAUCAUUACACGCGGGUGGUGAGAAACCGCGCUGGGCGAGAGCCCGCUCGGUGAAGAUGGUUGCGCCGGAAGUGGCAAGCGCGUCAGCUGCAACCGGUGCUGAUGGUGCAUCGGAAAUAAGGGCACUACCGUUGAUGGCGGGCUCGCUUGAGGACGAUGAUGAUGAUGAUGAUGAUGAUGACGAUGGCGGACGAGGUGGGAAAUUGCCUCCGGAGGUGAUGCAGGGCGUUAAUGGUGAUGGGGCGUUGGGUGAGGUACGUGAAAAUGUCACCCAACCAGCGCUGGAGGAUGCCACGAUAAGCAUACCGUGCACGCUUGAUUGUGGGCCCGAAGGAAUCUGCCACGUCGUUGUUGAAGCAUCCUCCACGGCCAUGCGAUGUCUGUGUGCGUUUGGGAAAAGCGGUCUACGGUGCGAAGAAGAUAAUAAAGUGAACACACCCCGAUUUAGCAAGCAUUCGUGGAUCGCCUUUCCGGCGCUUCGAGGAGCUUACAAGCACGUGCAGCUGCACGUCGAGUUCCGGCCGGAAUCGUUUGACGGCAUUUUACUGCUGACUGGCGAGCGGGACGAUCUGACGGGCGACUUUAUGGCUCUGCUGCUGCACCAAGGCUUCGUCGAGUUUUGGUUCGAUUGCGGCUCGGGAAUGGGACGCGUCAAGUCGGAGGAAACGAUCGUCCUGAACCAGUGGAACACGAUCACCAUCUAUCGGCAUCGGUGGGACGCGUGGCUCGUCCUAAACCAGGGCAAUCGCGUGCAAGGCCGCUCGAAGGGUCUCUUUUCGCGAAUCACCUUCCGUGAGCCGGUCUUUCUCGGUGGAUACGGCAACAUCACCGGCCUGGACCGGAAGCUACCCGUCAGCACCGGCUUUACCGGGUGUAUCCGAAAGUUCGUCGCUAAUGAUCACGAUUACAACUUCCAGCAGGGCUCGGUGGGUGACGUGUCCCAUGGUUUCGAUAUCCAGGAAUGCAUAACCGAUCGGUGCAGUCGCUACCCGUGCCAGCACGGGGGCAAAUGUCUGCCAUCGGAUGACGGUGCCAUCUGUCUCUGUCCGCUGGGAUUUGGCGGUGAUUUAUGCGAGAUGCGACUGGAUUUACAGGUGCCUUCAUUCAAUGGAUCGUCCUACCUUCGAUAUGCACCUCUUGGCGAUAGCUGCAUCAUUUGGUUUGAGCUAAAGAUCAUCAUCAAACCGCUGCUGGAGGAUGGGCUGCUGCUGUACAGCGGCCACCACGAGUAUGGUGAUUACAUUUCGCUCUGCCUCAACAUGGGCUACGUCGAGUUCACGUACGAUCUCGGCAGCGGGCCAGCAACCGUCAGGAGCGAGUUCCCGCUCACCAUGGGCCAAUGGCACACGAUAAAAGUAUCCCGAACGUCACGGUUGGCAGUGCUGAAGAUCGAUCAGCUGCCGGAAGUGAUGACGGUGUCACCGAACGGUUUCUGGCAUCUAUCGCUCCCCCACAGCCUGUACCUUGGGGGCAUUCACAACGUGCACACGCUGCCGACGAGCCUGCGAGAUCGGGGGUCCUUCGCCGGGUGCAUUCAAAAGGUCGACAUCAACGAUCGUACCAUCGCGAUCAUCUCCGAGGCGCUCGGAGGUUCGAACGUGGAAAACUGUCCACACGCCUGCGUCGCCCGGCCCUGUGGACCGCUCGCCAAAUGCGUCCCCAACCUAGACACGUACGAGUGCCAGUGCAACCCACAGAACCGCCAGUGCAACAAAGCCGAAGAGCUACCGUCGGAAGUAAUUGAAAAGCAGCAACGGCUGCUCAAGCGCAAACAGCACGAAUCCAACGAACCGCACGGUGUGCAGGUGGACGAUUCCGAACCAACACAACCAUUAACGACCCCCGUGGGGACUUCCGCUUCGGUCAGCUCAAGCUCAACGCAGUCUCCACCACCGGAAGACAGCACUCUGCCGCAUGACAAUAUCCCGUCGGAUGCCGGUGACGGCAGCUCGGAGGAAAGCGAUGAAGGCUACAAUGACUACUACCAGAGCGAUGCCGAUGACGAUGACGAUGGUGAUGAUUACACACCGUCGGGCGUCGGGAGUGAAAUAAAAACUCCACCUAAUGAGCCCGCGAAACAAUCGAAACCGACAGCAACGGUGACGACGGUGGACGCUAAUGAAAAGAUAAUCGUUUGGAUCGAUCGGCAAAAAUCAAAGGGCUCGUUUUCCACGCAAUCGAACGAGUACGCCGAUUAUGGUGGGGAAAUUUUGGCGGAGGAUAGUGACGCCCCGGAUGGGGUGCCGAUGGUGCGCCAGGACGAAGGACACUCGCUUUACGAUCCGAGCGCUGAAGCGAGCGUGGUUAAUGACGCUCGCAGUGCGCUGACGACACCGGCGAGCGCUGGAAGCGAAGGUGCCAUUACGGACGACGACAUGCUGCGGGAUGAUGCGGUGCGAGACAACCGCAGGACAUCGGGACGUCGCCGACCGGAAGUUGGUGGGUGGAAGAUGGAGAUGAUGAACCGGGCAAACCAUGCAACCAACCGCGACGACGAUGACGAUGGCGAUGAUGAUGGUUAUGGCAAGGAUUACGACCAGCAUGGCGACCGGAUACCUUACCGGCCCGAUUUUCUGCUUCACCGGAAGGACACGGUGGUUGACCGGGUGGUUGGGAGUCGUGCGGAGCGGCGCCAUCGUGGCCAACCCGGGCCCGAAAUCGACGAAACGCUGAUCGAGGAGAUGAACCGGAUUAUGAAAAACCAUAACGACAAUGACGCGGACGAAGCGCCCGAUGCCGGGUUCUGGGGUGUCGCGUCAUCGGACACCGCUUUCGGAGGCCCCAGUGAGUACGAUGAGCUGGAGAGUGAAGAUCCUGCCGGUGGUGGCCAUCACCGUGAGCAGCAACACCACCACCAACAGCGCCCGGUUGGGCAUCAUCGACGACGCAACGGUGUUGAGAACGAAGAACCCAAACCCGACGCGAUGCCACAGCCAACGUCGGGGGAUGACGCGCGAAACGACGAGGACGACAUCCUGCGCAGCAUCAAGUACAAGAACAAGUACUUCCGGAAGUACCAGGGUGCGUGCUUCACCGGUACGGACAGCUACUUUCACUACAGUGACGCGGAGACGAUGCGGCGCGUCAUCGCGUACGAGAUCGAUCUGAAUCUGCGCUUCAAGACGCAUUCCGCGAAUGGGUUGAUCCUGUGGACCGGCCGGCACAGUGCCCUCGAGGGUGAUGACUUCCUGUCGCUGGGCGUCGAGAAUGGGUACCUUCACCUCCGGUACAACCUCGGAUCGGGUGAAAUUAAUAUCAAAUACAACGCGACCAAAGUCAGCGACGGGCUGUGGCAUCGUGUGCGAGCGCUUCGGAACUCGCAGGACGGCACGCUGAAGGUUGACGGCGGAAAGCCAAUCACCAGAAGAUCGCCCGGCAAGCUAAGGCAGCUCAACACGGACACCGGCCUCUAUGUCGGUGGGCUACCGGCGGCGACGCAUUACACCCGCCAACGGUACCGAGCCGGCAUGGUCGGUUGCAUCUCGGAGCUGAUCCUGGCCGGUGAGCUGCGGUUGAACUUCGACGCGACGAUACUCGGCACGGCGCACAACGUCGAACCGGGUGCCCCGUGAAGGUAGAUGUCCUAGGUGCCUGCUAGGGGUCUGCUGCGGCCGAUUGCAAAACGGGACACCAAACACACUAACGGGGCAUGGGGAAUAUAGGGUAUAAUGGAGGGCGCGAAAAAGAAAAGCGUCCCGUUGGGGCACAUAGCAUAAAACGAAACCCAAACCAAAGCACGCGAAGAGAGUGGGAGAGAGUGGUGAUUAAUUUACAGCAACGUGGAGUGAAGAGCGGAAAGAGGAGAAGAAAAAAAAUGAUAAAAGAAAAACACAGCCACACAGACACACCCACACAAACGUCCAUCGGGAGAGAGUGACCGAGCGAGUAGUUAAUUUCUCAGUGUAUAGUAAUCGAACGAGCGUCAUAUUUAUGGAUUAUGGGGAUGAAAAGAAUGAGAGAGAGAGAGCGAGAGAGAGAGA